AUGGGAAAGAAGAAUAAAGGAAGUGUUGCUUCUGGUGGCGUCGGAUUGGAUGAAGUCAAGAUGUUAGAUGUAAUUGAAGGUUCAUCAGUGUUAACAACAACCGGCAACAACAAGAAGAGUAAUAGAAAACCAAAACAAGCUGUAAAACCAAAGAAAGCUAAUUGGUCAAAGGUUGACUUGGACGACAAUCAUCUCUCUACUUUCAGUCACAGUGGAUUCUUGGGAUUGGAGGUGUUGGGUGACGAUGACUACAUUACAAACGGUGCCAACAACAAGAGAACCAAAGACGAUGAGCGUGACUACGACGACAAAGAGUUCAGAGCAUACAAGAAUAUAAACAUCUACGACGAUGACGACAAUCCAAUGUCGGCAAGAGAGACUCUCUCCAAAGGAAAAGGCAAAGGCAAGAGAACAUCCACUACACUGACCAGAGACGAGAAGAAAAAGAAACAAAGAAUGGAUGAAGCAAUGUCAAAGGUUGAAGUACCAAAGAUCCUGCAAAAUCUCAAUAACAAAGAUAACAAAGAUAAUAAAGAUAAUAAUAAUAAUAAACAAGCUAAAAAGACAACAACAACUACAACAUCGGCUGCAACCACUCAACAAUCGAAAACCAGCACAACUACAACUACCACUACAAAUGCUACUACUACAACAGCAGCAGCAGCAUCUAAUAAACAACAAAAACAAAAGAAACAACAAAAAGAAGUAGUAGUAGCCGAGGAUAAGAUGGAAGUGGAAACAGAGAAAGCAGAGGUAGAGGAAUCAAAUGAGGCGGCUGCUGAGAGUGUAAAGGAAAAGAAGGCAAAGAAAGAGAAGAAGCCACAAACAAAGAAAGCAAUUGCAAACAUCCAAAAGAAUGAAAAGUUUAAGAAAAGAUCAGAACAAUCACUUCAAAAGUUUUUAAAAGAAGAUGAACAAGAAAAAGUAGAUAUUUCAGCAUGGAAUCAAUAUGAUUUAGAUCCUUUGUUGGUAAAGGGUUUGAAAGCACUUGGAUAUGGUGAACCAACCGAAAUUCAGAGUCAAGUUAUUCCCGCUGCUUUGAAGAAUGGAUUGGAUAUCAUUGGUGCCGCCGAGACUGGUUCCGGAAAGACAUUGGCAUUCGGUAUUCCAAUGUUACACAAUAUUCUUACAUAUCUUCGUUCCAUUAAUCAUCCAGUUGAAAAACAAAACAUUAAUGUUGAUGGAAAGAUGAAGCCAUUGGUUGAACAAGAUGAUGAAGAAGAGGAGGAGGAAGAAGAGGAGGAAGAAACAGCAACAAGGAAACAAGGACAUCUUUAUUCACUUAUUAUGUGUCCAACGAGAGAGUUGGCCAUUCAGGUAGCCAAUCAUCUUAAAUCGAUAUCCUAUUUCACAACCAUCAGUGUUGUUACUGUGGUCGGUGGUAUGGCAGCACAAAAACAAAUAAGAUUGCUCGGUCGUCGACCAGAGAUUGUUGUCGCCACACCAGGUCGUCUCUGGGAGCUGAUUCAAGAUGGAAAUGAACAUCUCCUAGAUCUCACACACUUGAUGUGUUUCGGUAUUGACGAAGCCGAUCGUAUGGUAGAGAAAGGUCAUUUCGCAGAGGUUGACAGUAUUCUAAAGAUGUUGCCAAAAUACUCCUCAAAGUUACAACAACAACGUGAACAACAAGCAGCCGAGGAAGAAGAAGAUAAAGAAGAGCAAGAGGAGGAAGAAGAUAAAGAGGAUGGAGAAGUUGAAGAUGAAGAGGAGAAAGAAGAGCGUAGCAAUGGAUUCAGUUAUCUUUCAUCAUUUAAAAGACAAACUUUUAUUUUCUCUGCAACUCUUGUUGGAAUUCCAAACAUCAAUGAACUCAAUAACGAUGGAAAGAAACCAAUGGGUGGAAACAGAAAGUUCAAGAAGAAGGCUGCCUCUCCCCUACAGGAACUCAUUGGAAAGGUUCAAUUCCAGAGAAGAUACCGUUUGAUCGACUGCACCAAAUCAAAGUUGACCGCCAGAAAUCUUGAGGAAACCAAGAUUGUUUGCUCGGUUGAAGAGCGUGACAUGUUCCUCUACUACUUUGUCGAUCGUUAUCCAGGUAGAACACUGGUUUUCGUCAACUCGAUCGACAGUGCCCGUCGUCUACUACCGAUUCUCAACAAUCUCAAAGUUCCAAUCUUCACUCUGCACGCCCAGAUGCAACAACGUCAGCGUCUAAAGAAUUUGGAUCGCUUCCGUAAUAUGGAGCAUGUCGUUCUCUUGGCAACUGACGUCGCUGCACGUGGUCUAGAUAUCCAGAAUGUGCAACACGUCAUUCACUUCCAGGUUCCACGUUCGCUCGAAUUGUAUAUCCAUAGAUCCGGUCGUACCGCUCGUUCGAAACGUGAAGGUUUCUCGCUUGUCAUGGUCACCCCCAAGGAGAAUGACUUGUACAACAAGUUGGCGCGUUCACUCGAGCAUGAAAUCCCAACUUUCCCAAUCGACUUGAAGUAUCUCGAUGCCAUUAAGACACGUGUGGAACUCGCCAUUCAAAUCGACAAGCUCACUCAUCAGACAAAGAAGGAGAAUGCCGAGAAGAACUGGUUUAUGAACACCGCACGUGAGAUGGAUAUUGCACUGGACGACGACUUCUAUCCCGACUCUGACAACGAAGACGAACAAAUGGAAAACAUGAAACAGCAAAACAAACUCAACUCACUUCGUCACCGUCUAACAGAAUUACUCCAACAAAACAUCAGACCAAGAGGUCAAUCCACUAGAUACAUCACCGCCGAAAGCAUUGCUGAAAUGGAAUCCAAAGAAAAUGCCACACCAAAUUCAGAUCUUAAGAAUAAGUUGAAUAAGAAAAAGAAUAAGAAAUAA